AUUAAUAAUAAAGUAAAUAUAUUUGAUGAAUAUGGGCGGGCCUGUUGGCCCAAAUGGGCUAAAAGUAACUUCCAUAUCCGCCCAUAUACAAUUCGGAUUUGGGCAGGCCCGCCCAUUUGGGUACUAAAGGUUGUCCAUAUCCGUCCUUUUUAAAGGGCGAGUUGGGCGGGCCGAACGGGCCGACCCUUGUUUGCACAGGUCUAAAAUCUUCCAAAUCUUUCUAUUAUCUCUAUCAAAGUGUUAUGGCUUCCCUUCUCACAUCAACCAACAAACCGUCUUUCUCUCCACCACUCCCGACAACCAUAGUUGUUUCUGUUGUGCUGUUGUUCCUCCUCCAACAAACCACCAAUGUCUCCUGCGAGCUUCACCUCCUUCCCGAUGUAUUCCAAGGCGCCGUUUGCCUUGACGGCAGCCCGCCCGCCUAUGAAUGGGAAGCCGGGAAAGGCCGCCAUGGGGCGAGCAACUGGCUGGUUUACCUCCAAGGCUCCGGCUGGUGCCUGAACACCUCCGCCCAUCGCACUCCCGAUGGCGCCGUCCAAAGCUGUGCAGAACGGGCGAAGACCCACCUUGGUUCUUCCAGCCGCAUGAAGCCUUUUGAGUUCUCCAGCCACCCCAUUCUUUCUCCCCGGUCCAAUGAUAGUUUUUUCUAUGAUUGGAACCGGGUGGUGGUGAGAUCAUGUGACGGGGGAUCCUUUUCUGGUGACGCCGACAUGCCCGAUCCCGUCACGGGUCUUCACUACCGUGGCGCGAGGGUAUUCCGCGCUGUCGUGGAGGACCUGAUGGCGAAGGAGUUGAAAAAUGCCCGGAAUGUCCUCCUCGCCGGGGGUUCUUCCGGCGGGCUCGGGGUCAUGGUGCACUGUGACAGGUUUCGGCGCCUAUUCUCGAGGAAUGUCAGGGUGAAGAAGUGUUACACUGAUAGUUCCCUCUUCCUCCACGUCGGAGACCCCCGUCGGGCGAGGUUCUUCAACGACGUCUUCGGAAACGUUGUGGGUGUGCACCGUCCGGACAAUGCGUUGCCCGGACGGUGCACUUCGAGGAUAGGCGUGGAAGCGUGUAUCUUCCCGCGGAACCUGGUGCGGUAUAUUGAAUCGCCGUUGUUCAUUUUGAACUCGGAGUUCGAUUCGUUCCAGGUGACGAACACGUUCUCCAAGGCCUUGCAUGAGAAUGUCAUGCACCACAACGUUAGCCGGAGCGACAUGGCACUCCUCCGAGACUUUCGGGCCCAAACAAUCGGAGCACUGCCUCGACCAAGUAGCACGAAGGGGUAUCUACUCACAUCCCUCUUCAUGCAUAGUCUCGGAACAGCGCAGGGCUACAAAGGGCCAAUGUUUCCGGGGAGAAAGUCCAUGUCUUUUGAGAGUGCGUUGGUCGAUUGGUUUUUCGAUCGAGCGACCAAUGUCCAUCUCAUAGACCCCGCGAAACAGCCCUUUUAUUUAUCGCCCCGUGGAGUUGAGGAGGUGACGUCAACUUAAAUAAAUGAAUUUAAUUAGUUGAUGUGAAUAAUGUGUAAUUAGCAAUGUGUCCUUAACUACUUAUUAAUGAAUAUUAUUUAGCUAUUGUGUUCUUAAUUAAUCUCCUCAUUCCUUAAUUAUUGUCUGAUUAAGUUUUUGUUCCGGAACACUGUCAUGGGGCUCUAUAUCAAAUCUCUCUCAUGGGAUUCACUGGUACUCUCCUAAUAGUCCUCCAUUCUAAUCAAUAGUUAAAAUUCAA